GUGGCUUUGUCACUCAUUCGUUGAACAGUGUGUUGGCGCAGGUCUUCUGCCGUUACUACAUCGAUAAUAAACUAGAAAUACUACCAAUUUGCCAUACAAAAAAAUAAAUAGCUAGCAAUAUGGGAAUGUAUUGUUUUUGAAAACAUCAAGAACAACCACAUACUACAGGGACCACAUUCUUUAUUAAGCCAUUUGCGUGGUCUAAUCAAGGAGUUGCAAUGAUCCACGCGAAAGAUAUCAUUUUAGCCUUCCUUCUCGUGGGCUCUACAGUUUGUCUGGAAGUGGAGAUCACCCCCACCCAGGGAGAGAUCAGUGUCGGAGAGUCCAAGUUCUUUCUGUGUGAAGUUGUUGGGGUAGCAAAGGAGAUUGACUGGUAUUCGCCGAGCGGGGAGAGGAUAGAGCCCAACAAACCAGAGAUCACCGUAACCCGAAACGACGAGUCCUCGUCCACACUCACGCUCUACAAGGCCGGGGUGGACAGCGCUGGGACCUACAAGUGUCUGGCCACCAACGGAGACCAGUCAGCAGAAGCCACCGUCAACGUCAAGUUCUACCAAAGGAUCACCUUCAAGAACGCCCCCUCCCCCCAAGAGUUCAAUGAAGGGGACAACGCCAAAAUUGUGUGUGACGUCAUCAGCUCCCCUCCCCCCACCAUCAUCUGGAAACACAAAGGAGCUAAGAUUCAGAUGGAGAAGGAUGUCCGCUUUAAGAUCCUGCCCAACAACCACCUGCAGAUCCGAGGCAUCAAGAAGACAGAUGAGGGGUCGUACACCUGCGAGGGCCGCCUCAUGGCCCGGGGAGAGAUCGACCUCAAGAUCAUCAGGGUCAUCGUCAACGUGCUCCCUACCAUCCGGGUGUGGCAGUCUGAGGUGAAUGCCACAGCAGGCGUGGGCCAGUCUGCCAUGUUGACCUGUGCAGCUGAUGGAUACCCAGAGCCAAUGGUGACCUGGGCAAGGGCCGGUGUUCUUCUGGAGUCAGGAGGCAAGUACAGCUUUAAUGAGGACGGUUCAGAGAUGACCAUCAUGGAGGUGGCCAAGCUGGAUGAGGGAGAGUACACCUGCAUCGCUAAGAACAAGGCUGGGGAGAGCGAACAGGAACUCAGCCUCAGGGUGUUUGUAAAACCUAAGAUCACCUUCCUGCUGAACCAGAGCACAUCUGAGAUGGAGGAGCAGGUGACUCUGACCUGUGAGGCGUCAGGGGACCCCACCCCCACCAUCAACUGGAGCUUCGGCCUACGCACCUUCACUGAGGGAGAACAGGCACAUCUUAACAGGAUCUAUCAGGCCUCUUGGACUCGGCCCGAGCAACACAAGAGUCUGGAUGGGAACGUUGUAGUGAGGAGUGAUGCUCGUGUGUCCUCCCUCACGCUGAAGUACGCCAAGUUCACCGACGCUGGCCAGUACCUGUGCUCUGCACGCAACGCCAUCGGAGUGGAUUCUCAACCCGCCUACCUGGAAGUCCGCUAUGCCCCUAAGAUCCAGGGCUCAGUGACAGUGUAUACCUGGGAGGGGAAUGCAGCUAACAUCAGCUGUGAGGUCCUGGCCCACCCCAGUGACGUGUCCAUGCUGUGGCUGAGGGACGGGUUUCAGCUUCCCAACGCUAACGUCACCAAAGCCAAGGUUUUCCAGAGCCCCACAGCCAGCUACCUGGAGGUCACCCCAGAGUCUGAGAAUGACUUUGGGAGCUACAACUGUACUGCUUCCAAUGAGAUGGGCACAGAAUCCAAGGAGUUUCUCCUCAUUCAGGCUGAUGUCCCGUCAGCCCCGUCCCUCGGGGGGGUGGAGCCGUUCUCCAGCUCAGCCAGGGUGGAGUUCCAGGAGCCUGACGCCACCGGGGGUGUACCCGUCCUCCGGUACCGGGCUGAAUGGAAGACUGUGGGCAGGGGCACCUGGGUGCAGAAGGUCUAUGACGUCCAAGGAGGAACUCUGAGUGAAGUUACCAUCAUAGGCCUGAAGCCUGAGACCAACUAUGAGGUGAAGAUGUUAGCCAUCAACGGCAAGGGAGAGGGUGAAACUAGCCCCGCUCUGGUCUUCAAGACAGAGCCUGUCCGUUAUUCUUACACAAAUGGCAUUUUUCAUUUUUUCACUGAGGACUCAGAAGGGGAACCUGAACCACCUAAGCUGGAGGGAACACUUCAAACCAAAGGCAACUCCCUCAAAGUCAACUGGAUCAAGCAGGACGAUGGAGGCUCACCCAUCACACACUACCUAGUCCGCUAUAAACCAAAGCAUCAGGCUGACUGGAAGCCAGAGAUCCGGCUGCCCAGUGGCAGUGAGUAUGUGGUUCUGAGCGGACUGGAGUGGAACACAGAGUACGAUGUGUUUGUGGUGGCAGAGAACCAGCAGGGGAAGUCCCAACCUGGAACCCUGACCUUCAGAACCUCUCCAGAACCCGCUGCCAUCCCAGAUAUAGACGGGGAGUCUGCCCUCUCCACGGGCAUCAUGGCAGGGAUCCUCAUCUUGGCCUUCGUCCUGCUGCUCCUGGCUGUGGACAUCACCUGCUACUUCACAAACAAGUGUGGCCUCAUCAUGUGUCUGUGUGGCAAGCCAGGCAGCGGGGCCAAGGGACACAACCUAGAACAGGGCAAGGCUGCAUUCAUAAAGGAUGAGUCCAAAGAGCCUAUAGUGGAAGUGAGGACAGAGGAUGAGUGCACAGCCAAUCACAAUGCAGGAGGACCCACAGAACCCAAUGAGACCACACCCCUUACAGAGCCAGAGCUGGCUGCCCUGGCUCUGGACACCCUCUCAUCUGUAGCCACCAUCUCUGACACAGCCAACACAAUCUAUGACCCCGCCCAGGACAGCCCCUCUAGCGAGAGCACCGCACUCACCUGUAGCCUGUCUGCUCCCUCUACUGACCCCCUGUCUACCCCCGUUACUGACCCCCUGCCUGCCGCUGCCCCCGCCCCGGCACCCACCUCAGAGUCCAACACAGCCCCCCCAGCCCCCCUCAUCUCCACCUCUGACAUCACAGCAACCCCCCUGUUAGACCUUCUAGAAGACAGCUCUCCUAGAGCAGAGGACAAAAUGUCUGAAACUGCUGUUAGUGCCACAGAUUGCCAUAAAUCUCUUAAAAAGUCCCCUAUUCCAAUACCACCUAGGCGUCGAAACUCUAACAGACCUGCUCCUUCUCCUCCCACUCCCAAGAGCCCCACACCUACCCACUCCACCACUGUGGCCUCCAGGAAAUCUGCCCCAGACAGUCCCUCUCUUGCCCCCUCCACUGCCUCUCCUAUCCAAAACACGAGGAAAGCUGCUCCCACUCCUGCUCCUAUGGCGUUCACUUUCCCAGCCUCUGACACCUCCACUGAUAAACCUGCACCUACUGCCACCAGCACUGUUACCCCUGUCCCUGGUACCCCUACUGUCCUGGGCUCUAGUACACCAGUCCCUGACCCUGACAAACCUGACUCUACUACCAAAGACACUCACACUCCUGCCCCUAAUAUAGACCCCACUACCACUCCCACAUCUGUCCCUAAUAUAGACCCCACUACCACUCCCACAUCUGUCCCUAAUAUCAACCGCACUACCACUCCCACAUAUGUCCCUAAUAUAGACCCCACUACCACUCCCACAUCUGUCCCUAGUGCUCCUGCUACUGCCUUCAAUGCUGAUGUAACUGCUGCUAUCGUUCAUGAGGACACAACCAAAUCUGCCCUUGUUUUCCCAGACAUUCUCAUUCCCACUCCUGCUCCCACAAGUGCCCCCACACCUGCCCCUAAUGCUCCCACUGCUCCGAGCUUUGCCACACCUGCUGCCCCCACGGUCACUAUCACACCUGCCUCUACUACCUACGACACCCCAACACCAACCCUGACCCCCCACAUACCCAUCAUCACAGAGCCCCAAGCCCCAGAGAUAGAGUUUGAGUUGACCAAUGGGGUGGCGACUAAGAGCCCCUCCCUGCCCCCAGCAGGGUCCACUGGGUUUCAGAGUAGUCCCACUCCCUCCCCUGCCCCUGUCCCUUCCUCCUCCUCCUUCCAGGCUAACGGAGACGGGUUCGGGGCAGACCUCCAGGCCUCAGGCCCUCCUGCUCUGGAGGAGUUAGACAGUCUGGCCAAGGCUGCUCCACUCAACAACGAGAAGAUAUUUGGAGAUGAGAAGAGUAAAGUGGAGGAGGUGAAGACAGCUCAGUCAGAGGUGACCACAGAACACAACGAUGUCACACAGACAAGCGACAGCAAGGCAUGAUUGGGCAGCCUCAACCCACCCAAGAUGGAGGCGGCAGCAACACUCAUUACAGUCUGCAGCAGUUUUUCUUUCCAGUGCCCUUUCUGCAGUUUCAGAACAACAACAUGCGUCUGUGCAAUAGAGUCCAUUAGAGCACAAUCUGAUUGUGCAAAAGUCAAAUAUUGUCACGUGUGAUUUGUUUUGCUACACCCAUUGAACACUAAAGAACACAAUUUGAGUGAUCUCAAGUGGUAUAGGAAACAACAUUUCUCAGAGUUAUCAUUUUUUUCAUUGCGGUUGCAGAUAAACAAUGGAUUAUUCAGGAACAUAACACUGAGUGCACAAAACAUUAGGAACACCUUUCUAAUAUUGAGUUGCACCCCCCUUUGCCAUCAGAACAGCCUCAGUUCUUCGGGGCAUGGACUCUACAAGGUGUCGAAAGAAUUCCACAGGGAUGCUGGCCCAUGUUGACUCCAAUGCUUCUUACGGUUGUGUCAAGUUGGCUGGAUGUCCUUUGGGUGGUGUACCAUUCUUAAUACACACGGGAAGCUGUUGAGUGUGAAAAACCCAGCAGCGUUGCAGUUCUUGACACACUCAAAUCAGUGUGCCUGGUAAAUUCUACCAUACCCCAUUCAAAUGCACUUAAAUAUUUUGUCCUCCGCAGUCACCCUCCGAAUAGCACACAUACACAAUCCAUGAUUCAAUAGUCUCAAGACUUAAAAAUCCUUCUUUAACCUGUCUCUUCACCUUCAUCUACACUGAUUGAAGUGGAUUUAACAGAUGACGUCAAUAAUAGCCUUCACCAGGAUUCACCUGGUCGGUCUGUCAUGGAAAGAGCAGGUGUUUCUAAUGUGUUGUACACUCAAUGUAUAAUAUAUAUAUAUAUGAAGAUAUUGACUAUAUAGACAUUACUUUAUUAUUUCCAUGUUACAUUGUUCAAAUGUUUGAGGGCUAGUCUCAUCGAAUAGUUUGUUUGCAUGUCUGAUUUGCAAAUGGUUCUUAAUGUUUUGUUUGAAACAUUUGACUGUUUUACUCUUUAUGUCUGUAUUAGGGUGGGUUAUCAUACAGAUUGUUUUCAUGUUUCAAACAGAAGUUAAUUGAUGGAGACUGACCUGUAGCAGACCACAGUGCUGGGAAUGCUCUGGUUUCAGAGAAACCGCGUAUCAGGAGUUAUCAUAUGAGAUGUCUUCAACUCACUGUACCUGGGGGUUCAUAAAAUGAAUACUAUAUUGUGCUAAAUGGAGAAGUGCGUAUUGAGCAGCUAAUAUUGUACCGUUAUUCACAAUGGAACACAAGAUAGAACAGAGUGCAACAGAUCCAGGGGUUCUCACAGAGAAAGGUUGUAGAGAAGAACUUUAAGUCAUCUAAGUGAAUGUCUCAUCAUGCCCCAAGCUUCACCACUUCCAUGUUUUAACAUCAACUAUGAUGAGUAUCUUAUCAUAUUCACAAGAAAACAAAUCAAAUGCCUGACUUUUAUUGUUUAACAUCGUGUUUUUGAAGCAAAAAUCUUUAAAAGCCUUUUUGUACUCUCUAAAUGGAAAGGUUUCUUUUCCACUCCUGACUGCGAGCUUGUGCACUGUGACUGUGUCAGUGGAUUGUCUUGUCGUCACUUUCAAUAAUAUCUACAUAGCUUUGUCAUGAAAGGUUUACCUAUAUAUUCUUUUUAAAAUGGUAUCUAUGAAAACAGUACAGCAAAUGACUUAAUAUGGUCAUUGUGACACAUACAGUAUAUAUACAGUUGUUGAUCUCUCCCCGUCACACAACGGUCUACUGUGGCCUGUAACACAGCCUGGGGAGAUAUGUUGAGUUUUUUGGCAUGAUGAAUUCAAACUGUACUUUAUAAAAUAUGUGUAACAGAAACCCAAAUAGACAUACCUAUAUUUAUUUAGGCAAUGUGAGUUAUGAGAGGGAGUUAUCAGAAUGAGGUCUGUUCGGGCCUAUAAAACGCUUUAUUUUAGUCCCCAGUUGUUGUUCAAGUGUUCUGUAAUGUUGUCUUUGAAUUGAUUUUGUUUUUGUACAAUAGCAGGCAUCAUGAGCUUGUUGCCUGUUGACUUUAUAAUGCCAGAGACAGAGGGCAGGUUGGUAAUCUGACAACAGAAGAAAACAACACUCCAAAAUGUUAAUAUGUUGUACUGCCACUUUCAUGUAAACAAUCAUUCCCCUCAGUAUUUCAGUGGCAUAGAACAGUCAUGCCAGAACCUGUACAAUUACAACCCUCUGCUGUUGUCAUCCUCCCACCCUGUCCCUUGUCUCUGGAGCCUCUUGUUCUUAUUGGGUCAAACCCAGUGGACCGUUCUGCUCUCAGCGGUGUACAGUCUGAAUACUAACCCGUUUACAAAAUAAAACAAGGUUUUGGAACCUCA